AUGUUGUUGCACAUGCAAAUAAACAAAAUUUGUGUGGUAUGUAGGCAUGAUAAGAUGGGCAGUUGUGCGUGUGAUUAGCGUGGAGGGUGGUGGCUUGGAGGACAAUUAAGGGCAGCCGGCGUUGUCUUCGUCGGGCGACGUCUCUCAACGUUCUCCUUUGUCCUUUAAGAAUCUCCCGAGUUCUUAUCCGCCCAUCCCCGGAAACCCUAACUUCUGCUCCUCUCUCUUGUUCUAUACUCGUCCUUGGCGAGAAAUCCAGGUAAUGUUCAACAAACAGUAACUAUAAAGAAGAAAUAUAAGAUGCCACGCUGGCUUUGCUGUUCUUUUAAUUUGAAAGCUACGGAUGACCUUCACGAGAAUGAAGCUUUAAAGAGUUCCAAACCUUAUGAGGAUGGACUGCAAAAAGAUCCAAAACUCUCCAUUGUAGCUAAAAAUGAGACCAAGGUACCGCCUCCUAUUGAUGUACCUGCCCUCUCACUUGAUGAACUGAAGGAGAAAACUGACAAUUUUGGAUCAAAAGCAUUGGUUGGAGAAGGGUCAUAUGGAAGGGUAUAUUUUGCCGUUUUAAAAGAUGGUAGACAAGUGGCAAUUAAAAAGCUUGAUGUUUCACAAGAGCCUGAGUCCAACGUAGAGUUUUUGACCCAGGUUGCAAUGGUAUCAAAAGUAAGGCAUGAUAACUUUGUUGAACUGCGGGGCUACUGCGUGGAGGAAAAUCUCAGAUUACUUUCCUAUGAGUUUGCUACCAUGGGUUCUCUGCAUGAUGUUUUGCAUGGCAGGAAAGGAGUGCUAGGUGCACAACCUGGUCCUGUCCUUGACUGGAUGCAGCGUGUGAGCAUUGCUAUUGAUGCAGCUAAAGGUCUAGAAUAUCUCCACGAGAAAGUUCAGCCUUCCAUUAUACACAGGGAUAUCCGUUCAAGCAACAUUUUACUAUUUGAAGACUUCAAAGCAAAAAUUGCAGAUUUCAAUCUUUCUAAUCAAGCACCUGAUAUGGCUGCUCGUCUCCAUUCUACACGUGUACUCGGAACCUUUGGUUAUCAUGCUCCAGAAUAUGCGAUGACAGGGCAGUUGACCCAGAAAAGCGAUGUGUACAGCUUUGGUGUUGUUCUUUUAGAGCUUCUCACUGGGAGGAAACCUGUUGAUCAUACAAUGCCUAGAGGGCAGCAGAGUUUGGUUACUUGGGCUACUCCACGAUUGAGCGAAGAUAAGGUAAAGCAAUGUGUGGAUCCAAGGUUAAAGGGAGAAUAUCCACCGAAAGGCAUAGCAAAGCUUGCAGCAGUGGCCGCUUUAUGCGUGCAAUAUGAAGCUGAGUUCAGGCCUAAUAUGAGCAUUGUAGUUAAAGCACUUUCCCCACUCCUUGUAAAUAAGCAAUCUCUACCACAGCCAGAUCCUGCUGCAGCGAUUGCUGAUGGUUGAAUCCUGCAAAGCGUGUUAAUCGUUGUACUUCAGUUGAACUGGUUUGCAAAUUUGCUGCACCAUUUUGAUUUGGGGAGUGGAGGUUCAUUUUCAAUCUUUUAGUAUUGGUGCAAAUUUUCUAUUUUGCGUGCAGUGUGAUGUUUUGCGUGGAGAAAAUAAUUUGAACAUAUGGUUUUUGUGAAUGGAGUGAUGUUGGGCAAGGAUCUUAAUUUUGGUUCUUAUUGUUCAUAGCAUCAUUAAGCAA